AUGGCUCAAGCCAAUAGACAAGUUGUAACCCCAGUAAAUCCUAAUGUGAAUUCGGCUACUUCAAGGGUUAGGGAUUUUUCUCGAAUGAACCCUCCCAAAUUUUAUGGCUCUAAAGUGGAAGAGGAUCCCCAAAGGUUUAUUGAUGAAGUUUAUAAAGUUCUUACUAUUAUGGGGGUGUCUACGAAAGAGAAGGCGGAGUUAGCCGCCUACCAACUAAAAUAUGUGGCUCAAGUUUGGUCCGAUGGACAAGGUCAACCAAGGUUCAAACAAAGGCUCUCCAACCAAGGUUCCUCAAAUGCUUCCCCAAGGGUCAAUAAUGAUAGGGUGUCUAACCCUAAAUCUCAAGGGGGAAAUGGUAAGGGAUCUACUAUGGCAAGGCCUACUUGUGCCAAAUGUGGGAAGAGGAAUGAUGGUAAGUGCCUUGUUAGCACCGAUGGAUGUUAUGGUUGUGGGAAGGUUGGCCAUAAGAUUAGAUAUUGUCCAAUGGUCAAGGUUAAGGGAAGAGAAGAUAAACAAGCUCCUACAAGCGGUUCAAACCCCAAUGCCCAAAAGCAAAACUGCUUCUAUGCUCUUUAA